CGAUCUUGCUGCAUUUUCUCGAGAUGUCUCUGUGCGGAGUGAAGGAACCGACCGUGAAAUAUCUGAAAACCAGCCCAGAGCCAGAGCCCCCCGCCCCGUCCCGGACUAGCGAGUACUACCGGGUGAAACCUGGCCUCCCCGAGAGAUUCGAGCAUCCGAGCUGUUUCCAGGGAUAUGGAUCUCGGCCAACCAACCCACUGUACAGGACGACAAACCAGACCUAUGGCAGUCAGCAGCCAACAGUUCAUGAAAUGCCGACCAGCUAUUACACGGUGCCUCAGAAACUUUCAGAACAUUUAAGCAAAUGUGGGAUGUACAAGGACCAUGGAUUUAACGUUGGCAUGGAAAAAUCGCUGGUCACUGGACCGGAAAACCUGAUCACAUUCCAGGACCGGCUGAACUUUCAUCGGUCCUACUUCUCUGCUGGUCCUUCCUUCACAGAUUAGGCAAGGCCCUGUUACUGCACAAACUCCAAAUACAAAUAUGUUGUUGCAGCUUCUCAAACGCUGUCAACCCUCUGU